AUGCUGUUCCUUUUUGCUGCUGCCCUGCUCAACUUCAGCCUAGCCUCUUGCACGCCAACGACUUCCAUCACGCCCGUUUGCACCAAGUACAAGGCACAGAUCCAGCAACAGCUCUCGUCGGGUUCGACGGUGCAAUGCAGUGGGAACAACACGCGUUGGAGCGAGUACGCGGCACCGGAGCCCGGUGCCAUUGUUACAGUCGCUAGCGAGGACGAUGUCGCCAAGUCCGUAGCAUUCGCCAGCCAGCAGAACAUCCCUUUCCUCAUCCAGAGUGGUGCCAAUGGUUGGGCAGACACAUUCACGCUCAGCGGAAACGGCUUCAUCAUCGACAUAUCCCAGCUCAAGCAGAUCACCUUCAACGCCGAUAACACCCAAGUGAGCUUUCAAGCCGGCGUCACGAACGCCGAUAUGGUCGAAGCGGCGUGGAACAACAAUGCGCGCGCCUGGGUUGCCACAUGCAACUGUGUCAGUGUUCUGGGUGCCACUCUUGGCGGAGGAUUGGGAAGACUGCAAGGGCUCUACGGACUGGGUCUCGACCAGCUUCUCUCGGUCAACUAUGUGGACGGCGACGGCAACAAAAAGACUGUCACCAAGGAUAGCGAUGCGGACUUGUGGUGGGCUCUGAAGGGAGCCGGUCCCAACUUUGGCAUCGUGACGUCGGUUGUGGCCAACGCCUGGCCUAUUCCCCAGGCCGACAACACUGCAUGGACUGGUUCUCUCAUAUUCGACGAGUCGCAGAUUGAGGAUCUCAUCAGUGCUGUCAACGACAUCACUCUCGAGCCGGAGAUGCAGAUGGAUAUUUACUUCACCGGUCUCAUGGUCAUCGCGCUACCAUUCUACCUCGGCAGCGAGGAAGAGGGCAGAGAGAAGUUUGCAUCCAUCCUUGCCGUCGGACCUACGGUGGAUGCCACACAGGUUACCCCUUACAACACUUGGAACGCUGCAGGCGACGCCUUCUGCCUCGACGGUGGCCGCAAACCGUCCUACACCACUGGCCUGAAAACCAUGGACCCUACGGCGUGGCGCAAGGUCUGGAACGACUACAGUGCGUUCGUCACGGACCACCCAGAAGCUGGUAACACCACGGUGCUCUCCGAGUGUUACUCAACCAUGAAAGUCGAGGCAAUCGGCAGCUUCCAGUCGUCGUACCCGUUUCGCGACGUCAAGUGCUACAGCAUUGCCAUCCCAUGGUAUCCAGACUCGAGCCUUGAUGCAGAAGGCAUUGCGUUCGGACAGAACGUCAGGAGCUACUGGGCCGCCUCGGCUGGGACCGAUAGCCCAGCCAACUACAUAAACUUUGCCCAUGGCGAUGAACCACUGAGCAACAUUUACGGCAGUAGCUUGUCCAAGCUCCAGCAGCUGAAGCAGAAGUACGACCCCAAGAAGCGCUUUAACCAAUGGUUCCCUCUGUCGUAA